CACGCCAGACGGCGCACCGCUCGCACGCUCUCUCUCUCUCUCUCGUUGCGUAUACUCGCUCACUCAUCGCUACCUCUCUCCCAACCGUCCGUCCUCUCUUCUCUCCUCCCCUCCUAUCCUCUCGCCACGUCUCUCUUCGCGCCACUCCAUACGCUCUGUCUCGCGGAGCCAGAUACACGAACUCGCCAGUUACGCAACAAUAACAACGCCGUGAGGAGCGUGUGUGUAGCGUGCGACACCGUACCGACCGUAUCGCGGGGAAUCACUUGUUGACAACCGGACAUACCCGAAUAACGUGGGGAAAACAAGAGAGGAAGUAGCGAUCGUUGUUCCCGCGGGCGAAUUUCAACCACGAUACGGAGUAUUUGAAGAACCCGCGCGAUUGUGAGAGAGAAAUCGAUCGCGGACGGGAGAGCGUUUAUCCUCUCGCUCGAGGAGGAAGUGCCGAGAGCGAUGCGCAAGAUCGCUGAGGAGCCUCGCAGGAUCGACACUCACCGAUCGAUGAAUGGAGUAGUAGCUUUGAGUUACCACGCGGUGACCACGAGGUCCUACCGGAGGAAUGCCGAUCAAUCGCGCGCAUCAUCGGCUCGAUCUGUGAAUUGUUGUGCCGGCAACACAGUGCUCUGUAAAUCGCGACGAGGUGACUGAUCGAGGAAGAGAUUACGAUCGUCGCGAGCACUCGUCGGCGAGUGCAAAGCUCAAUCAAUCGAGCUCGUACGUAAGAAAGUCGUAUCGAGCGAAUCUGAAGCGGAGAACCCGCUACCGAUCUCCGAGAAGCGCGCGGAUGCCCGCUCGCGCGACGCGUUUAGGCGCCAAUGACGUCACCGGUCGAGUGAGGCCGCCGCCGUCAGGGGAAUUCGCGGUCGGGUUUCUCGCGCGCGCAGUGCGUUUACGCGCGCCACGGGGAACGAGACCUUACGCUCUCUGCCGGGAUCGAGAUGGUGGUAGUAGCAACGCGCGCGCCGCACGUUCCGUGUCGCCGUUGUGUGAAAUUGUGUGCUGGUGUGCGGCGUAUGUGCUUUGCUGCGUCGUUGUGGUGGGGGUAAGGAGACCCCGUGGAAUCGUUGCGCGGUGGCCGAUUACGACUUUUCUACGUAUGUCGCUCAGCGGGCAAUGACUAACUGCGCGGCUGGGUCAGAUAUAUCAUCGACAAAGUCCGUUUCGUCGGUCGGACGGGAUUUGCAUAGCAAACAGAUUGACGCGCUCACAAGUGGAUAACGAGAAGUGGAAUCGCGCGCGUUCCCUUCUGUAGUGCGAGACCUCGCGCGUUCUCUUCCCGUUCUCUACACGGCUACGUACGUACCUACGUGUGUGCGUGCGGAUAAAUAUGUGAAUAUCACUUCGUAUGUGCGGCUGGCUCGAAGAAAGAAAGAGAGAGAGUACACGACGAGGCAAGUGUAGAGCUUAAAAUAGAAGAGUGACUUCGGCUUAAGUACGCGGUGGGAGGACGAGCGAGUAAAGUGAAACGGAGAGGAGAGGGUGGAUGUGUUCACUCCUCCCUGGCCGUCUUCCCCUUCCUCCGCGUCGUGCUUCUGUGAUACGUUCGAAUUCUACGUUUCUCCGUGGGUGAUCCGUGUCGAAGGGAGUAGCGAGAGGACCGACCAGAGUAUAUACACACAUAGACAUACACAAGUAUAUUACAUAUAUAUAUAUAUAUAUAUAUAUCAUAGUGAAGUGUAUGUUCUGUGAUAAUCGUACAUAUAGUGCAUAUUGCAGUGGUGGACGUGAGAGAGCAAUCUCUCUCUUUCCCUCUCGCGACUUUUUUCUCGCCCGACGUCGCCGUAUUGUCGGCAAGGGAGGAGAAGGUUCGUCGAUCUUCAACAGAGGCAGAAAUCGCGCUGGUACUCGCGCACUCGCCUGCCGUCGAAGAGGAGGCGUCGUCUCGCUCUCUGUCCCACGCGAUGGAUCGUGACUCGCGUUCGUAUUCCUGCGGAGGCUGCAAGAGGACCGCCGCCGAGAGCCGAGCUAUGCCGAUGGAGUAACAAGUGAGCGGCGAAGCGGCGUUGCCAUGACGACAGAGACCCACACUGUGGCGAUGACAGACCCACAGCUGAACAAUAACAAUAACAACAACAACAACAAUAACAACAACAACAACGAUGGCGAGCCAAAGUACCUGCACAAGAAAUUCAAGAAGAUGGCGACGACGGAAGUCGCGCCAAAGGUCGAGCCCAAGAAGAUGGAGACUACGGCAAACAACGCCUCUGUCGAGGCACCCAAGCGAAAGGACGCCGACAAGGAUGGCAAGGAGCCCGUCAAACUCAACGCUUCCCCGGAACCCGAGGGAGAGCCCACCGAGUCUCGAAAGAGCGGCUACGUUUGUUCUUACUGCAACUUAUCCUGCGCGAAACCGAGCGUACUCCAGAAGCACAUCAGAGCGCACACGAACGAGCGGCCGUACCCGUGCGUGCCAUGCGGAUUUGCCUUCAAGACCAAGUCGAAUCUGUACAAGCACCGCAGAUCGCGCGCUCACGCGCUCAAGAUGGAAGGAGGGGAUGCGAGCAAGAUGUCCGAGGACUCGGACAUAAGCCUGUCGGACAGCGCCAGCAAUGGCACAGGUACGCCACCACCUCCACCCGCUUCGACACCCACGACGACGACGACGACGACGACAACAGUAUCCACCGUCGUGAAGACCGUCAAGACCGGCAAGAUCUACAAGCCGAAAUUCCACACGGCGUUACAGUGCGUAAACAACGAUGCCGAGACGUCCUCCUUGUCACCUAGUUCUUCCAGUAGCAGCUCUUCCUCUUCGACCACCGCCGCCGCUUCCAAUUCCAUGCCAAACGCGGAACAAUUACAAGAGCACAUCGACAAAAUCAUUACGGAUAAUCAGGCGAUCAUGGAGGCGGUGGAUCCGCGUCUCCAUAAGCUGAUGCAGCGUCAGCAGAGCUUGGUGGAAACGAAGCAGCAGUCGGAGCUGCCGUUGAAUCUGUCUUCCGUGGAACCGGAGCCUUCGAGCAGGAAACGUUGCUACAGCGACAGCUACACUCAGGAAGGAGCAAAGGAGGACAGCUUCGAGGGUUCGAUCAUCAAAGAUCUCCUGCUGAAAACUGCAAAUACCGCGACGAACGGCCCGUUGACGGAGGCAACCGCGAUUGACAAUCUGGCGUGCCCCAGCUGCAACAUCCCCUAUACCAGCGUGGACAACCUCGAGACUCACCGUAGAUACUAUUGCAAGGGCAGCCCCCGAAGAGCAGAUUAUCCCGGGGAAUUGGAGAAACGCGAGUCCGACUUUGUCGAGUGCAAGUCUUCCGAGUCGUACUACGGCACCUUGCAACCGUUACCCUCGCCGGGUCCUCUGCUGGGUAACACUCGUCUGGUCGACGCGUACGCUCCGGCCGCGAAGAAAGCAAGAUUGGAGAACGUGCCGACCAGUCUGAGGUCGCUGGAAGAGCUCAGCAAAUACCCGCGUCCGAAUUCUCUGCAGAUGUUCGGCGGCGAAGUGCGAAUUCUCGACAACACCGGCGAGACGAAAACAAUGAGAAUCGAGCCGCGACAGACCAACUCGCCCACCAGCGAGCAUAUAGUGAGUAGCAAGUGCGUGACCUCGGAGACGGCGUCGGUGGUGGUAAAAUCGGGACUGCACUCGGGCGGCACUAUGGUCCACAAGCCGCCAGGCACGCCGGCCAGCACGCCGAGUUCCUCCAUAUCUCUGCCCAACGUACCGAAGAUGCUGGCGCCCAUCAUACCGAACAUAUCAACCCCCAAUAUAGCGCCGACCAUGUCCUGCUACAACUACCUGGAGUCGCAUUUGAACCCGCUGACGAGUAUCACUGCCUACAACCCGUUGACGUUGCCUCAGGCGGGCAUCACCAACAUUCUCCACGGCGGCAAAAUAAUACCGUACGUUCCCGGCAUGCCCGGGCCACACACCCUGACCGGCACGCCGACUAUAGACAUAUCCCCGAGUAUAACGGCCGGCGAAGCAGCCGGCUACAAGGUGAUACCGGGUCUACCGGGUCUACAUAUGGUACCUCAUCAACCUUUGAACCUGGCCAGUCCGGUGCAAGCCGGUAUGCUCGGCGGACCGCCCUCCGUGCUGCUGGACCAGCCUCUGGAUCUGGCCAGUCCGGCCAAGGAAUCCAAGAUCAGCUUCAAGACUCCCGGCGGUGACAGCCCCAAAGUUCCUCCUAGCGUUAAGAUCGAGACGGAUAAGUAUCGUGCGAGGACCGGAGAAAUCGGCAAAACUGAGCUCGAUCGUCAUAUCAAGAACGGCGCGGUGGUGAAGUACAACAAGGGCCCUAUAGAGAGCCCGCGGGGCGAGAGAAGAGAGUUUACAUACGACAAGAAGCAUUCGGAUAAAUCUUUCGGUUACCCGAAUGGCACGGACAAUUCCUCCGGCUCUUACAGUAAACUGAGGUACUCGCCUAAAGCUACUACGGAGAGCAGAAAGAGGCCGUCCAAUUGGGGCGUGAGCGAGGUGGACCUACCGUCGCCUCAUGAAAACGGCCGAUUGAGCCUCUCCGACGGACGAGCGAAGCUCGUGGACGGUGGUGCGUUCAACGGGGCCAAGACGAAGGUCACCGAGCCAGUGCCGUCGGUGAUACUCGUGAACGUAGACUCUUCGAAAACAGAAGUGCCAACGAAAACUUCCGUAGAGAUAGUAGUUGGUAAGGAGAAGCCCGAGGUGAAAUCGCCAAGAAGCGAAGUCACCGCCGAGGAAGCGACGAAUAAAUUUGUGAGACCUACGUCGCUACCGCUCAAGCCCGGCACGUUCACGCCGAAGAAGCACCACGGGAUCACGCCGACAGCCAAUACACUCCCUCUCAUCAGUCCGGAGACUCCGCGACCGAAAAAGUCUUACGGACAGCUGUAUCUCAACGGGCACGCCUACACAUAUCUGGGACUAAAGUGUUCCACCAGAGUGUUCUAUUGCACCCUGAACCGACCGCAGCCGAUGUACGUUACGCAACAACACGGUCUGUCGAUGUACUCCAAUUGGAAAAUAUGUAAGGAGGCACCGUCGGACGUGGACAUGGCGCACUACGACUCUCGGCACAGACCCUCCAAUUAUACCACCGCUUGGAAAAGGCAGGAGGACAUUCUGACGCACUCCUCACAGAGACCAACCACUCCCACCAGCCCGGAUAGCGGAUUGGAGAGUGAUAUGCAGGAGAAGGCGAAAAAGGUGACGAUAUUCGACGGAGGUUACGAGAGUAACGAGGAUUACACCUAUGUGCGCGGAAGAGGUCGAGGACGUUACGUCUGCAAGGAAUGUGGUAUUCGGUGUAAGAAACCAUCUAUGCUGAAGAAACAUAUCAGAACGCAUACAGAUGUCAGGCCGUACACUUGCAAGCACUGUGUCUUCAGUUUCAAGACGAAAGGCAACCUCACGAAACACACCAAGUCCAAGGCUCACUACAAGAAAUGCGUGGAAUUGGGCGUGGUGCCGGUGCCGACGAGCGUCUGCGACGAGAGCACCGACAAGGAGUCGAUGGCGCAAUCAACCGGCGGCAACGCGGACGAGUCGUCGGAGGAAGAAGAGGAGAGCGACGGUGAAGAGAGCGAAGAGUCCGGUAGCGAGGAGCAAGAAGCGGCGCAAAGUCUGCUGAGCCUUUCGCAACGCAACAGCAGACUGCCGGGCUUGCUGCCGUCGGGAAGGCCGACGACGUAUCCGUACGCUCUGACCUUACCGAUCUUACCGACAACUUCCACGGUCACGUCCACGGCCGCGACGAGCUGUCCAAAUCUGAGCAGCCAAGGGACAACGUUGAUUCAGAGCGAGUCGUCGCACCGCUACUACUUCCCGUCGAGCCGAGCUACGGCGGAAGAAUCGAGGAGCAGCGUCAUCCAGUCGGCCUCGAAGAAAGACGACUCGGACGGAGUCGAGAUGGAGGAGGUGGUGGCGGUGGUGAGCAGCAGCGCGGAAUCGCGCCUUCACCAAUCCGCGAUGUCUCAACCGAUGGAUCUGACGACGAAGCAACAACCGGUCCCGCAGAGAGCCAGACCCGCGGACAUUUUGACGCCCGUCUCGGAACCGGUCCUCCUGCAGACGAUAGUCCAGACGAUGGAGCGGCUGCCGAUACAGGGUAGAGAGUGGAAGCCGGACGCGCAGGGCCACAUGCUGCAGGCCUAUCUCACCGAAAGAUACGUGAUGGACAGUAAAAUCAAGCAGCAGUAUCGCGUGGGAAGUAGCAAGCUGGACAAACAAACGCAAGAGAGAGACGUUUGCCGUCCGCGGCAUCAGGAUCCAGCGAGAUCCAGACACGUGGAAUCCAACGGCGUCCUGACCGUGACGUACACCGACCCCAGCAAGAUACAACACACGGUUAUGGAGAGCAGGGUUAACAAGCACGCGACGAAGCACACCAGCGACGACAUCAAGAUGGAAAUCAGGGAGAAGAUAUAUCAAAACAACAUAGAGAGACGAGCGUUCGACUCGGAGACUACUCACAAGGAGCAGCCUAAUCGAUUGCUUCCCGAGCGCGAGAGCUUCGUUUUGGCCAGUCCCGUUGCUGCGCGACCGAGCAUCGAAUACGGUCUGCCUAUGAGCAAAAACAAUAACUCCAUCGACAGACCGAUUUACUCCGUGGACGCAGCCAAUAUCGACUCGCCGAAAUCCUUGGAUGCCAACAACCGGUUGAUGCAGCAUGCCGACGUCGACAGAGGUUCCAUGUUCAAUGCGAUGAUGGCCGAAAUGGACAGACCUAGGGAAUGCCACCCGGAGAUGAGAACAGCGAGCAACGAUCUGCGAAUGCAGAGCCCGCGGAAUCUCGACCUGAGACCGCCGCCCGGUCAAGAGUACAGAGCGCCGAAUCAAGCUGAGCUGAGGCUACCUAGUCAGGAGUUGAAGAUGCGGGGCCAAGAUAUGAGACCGCCUAGCCGCGAGUUCAAGCCGUUCGUUCACGAGAUGCAAGUCAUUCAAGAGCUUAUGCCGUCGACAAACAUAGAAAUGCGGCAAACAGAUAAUAGGCCGCCGAGCAGAGACAUUAGAGCACUCUCGGAGUACAGAGCGCAGUCUCAAGAUCUCAGGCCCAGUUACGAAAUGAUGCCUAUGCACGAGCCUUCCAAGCCUUCGCAAAACGUUGAUGUGAGGAGUACGGUACCGCCGGUCGUCUAUCACUAUGAAACCAAACACACCACGGAGUCGAUCAAACAGAAUAACACGCCGGAUAACGCGAAGCACGCGGUAGCCAGGAAGAUAGUCGUCGGCGGUCCGGAUUUUCGAUCCCCGUCACCGAAUACGCCGGCGAAUCCGAAAGCACCACAAGCGGAAUUUUUACAACCGUCGAGCGGGCCGGCGCCUAAUUAUGUUACUGUGACGGAGGACGGUAGGAGCGUAUGUGGGAUUUGCAACAAGGUGUUCAGCAAGCCUAGUCAGUUGCGGUUGCAUAUCAACAUUCAUUAUUUCGAGCGGCCGUUCAGAUGCGAAAGUUGCGCGGUUUCCUUCAGAACCAAGGGUCACCUGACGAAACACGAGCGAUCGGUUUCCCACCAUAACAAGGUCAGUAUGACUUCUACGUUUGGCGCAGCAACCACCAGCAACCCCAGGCCUUUCAAGUGCACAGAUUGUAAGAUAGCGUUCAGAAUACACGGACACUUGGCCAAACAUCUUCGCAGCAAGAUGCACAUCAUGAAGUUGGAGUGCUUGGGCAAGUUGCCGUUUGGCACGUACGCGGAAAUGGAAAGGUCUGGUGUCAACCUGAACGACAUUGACACCACGGACUGUGAUAAUAGUCUUACUAGUCUACAGAUGUUGGCUCAAAGAUUGUGCGAGAAGGACCCCGCGAAAAUCGCGCAAUGGGACUCGGAAAGUGUGCCCGUCGGUCAGACGGUGAGCGGCAGCGAAACCUCAUCGGACGAGGGUGAACCUAUACCGCAACACGCGCUUCAAUACGCGAAAGCGACCGCGGACGCGGACAUCUCCCGAUCAUAUCACGUGCCAAUCGCUGGCGAGGAACCGAAAGCCAUUAAUCACGUUAACGACGUUCGCCUACGCAGUCCUCACUUCAGUCAGCAUAGACGCGACUACGUCGUGAAGGAACAACGACCGAUCCCGAUCGUCGUUUCGUCGGAGGAUGCGAGGACGGAAGACAAUUUACAAUCGUACAAGUGCCAAGUUUGCCCCGUAUCUACGCGUACCGUAAACGAAUUACAGGUACACUGUUUUGUUGAACAUAAUAUUGAGACGGAUUCUAGUACAAAUAUCGUUCACGGAGAUAGGAGUGCGAGUAAAUGUAGAGAAAAAGAGAAUACUCAGAGGAGAAUUACGGAGGAAUCUUCCGCGGUUAAAGAGGAUCAUAAUAGACAAAAGAUAGAGGACACAUAGUGCCAAAACGAUAUAGCGUGCUAAAGGAAUUUUCGAUCAUGCCAUACUAAGAGAAAGAGAGAGGAAUUGCGUAAUGACAAUGCAUCAUGUGCGACACGCGUAAUCCGUACUUUUUCGAUUUUAAAGAAAUAUCUACCUGGUAUGAAUUGAGGAAACACAUCUUGAUCAUUAACACCAAGAUGACGAGAAAUUUUCACGAAUCAUUUGCUACUGAGAAACUGCAAAUUUUACGUUGCCGUCACCGAAUGUUUGUUAAAUUUCUACGGAAAAGGUCUUGAUUAAAAAUUUAAAGUCUAUCAAUUGGAAGGAGAAACGCGAGAACGAGAAGGCACGAAUAUCUGAUAGUAACGUAUAAAUCUUAAUAUGUAUGCAAUUUCACACGAAUGAAAGCUAAGAAGCAUUGUCUCGAUCAUGUUUCUUCUACCACAGGUACCAGUUCACUUGUAACUGCCUGUUUGUACUGCAAAGCCGUAACGUCAUAAUCGCUCGUAUAGUCCACCUCUAAGACUUUUCCUCUCAAAACCGGCACGUAAGUAAACAAAAAAGAAAAAAAAAGUAAAAACAAUAACGUAGCUCCAGUAUCUGAUAUGAAUAUAAUAUUUAUACACACAAUAGAGUGUCGUAGCAAGCAUAAGGUGCAAUGUGGACUGGCAUGUGAUCCUGUAUUUAAAGUGCAAAUGUUGCGUUCAACGUUAAAGAGUAUUCUAAAAUAUUACAAAUGAAUAUUAUACUUUAAAAAAUUGGUACAUGAAGCUUAUAUAUAUAUAUAUAAAUACACACGUGUAUAUAUAUAUAUGUAUUUGUAUGAUAUUAGUAUGAAUACUUAUGAGAAUGAUUGUUGAUAUAAGAGGAAAUGUGUUUGUAUAUAUUUAUGUAUAAUAUACUGAGAGAAACCGUGUUAGGCUCUAUUGUAGUUUUAAGAGCUCAGCAAUCAGGAAAUGUGUCGGUUACUCAGAUUAUGCAAUAUAAAAUUACAUAUUAAUUCUUUGGUUUGUGCAUAUCUUUUGUGGAAAAUUUUCUCUGGAAGGGAAAUUAAAUGACAAGUAUUAACAGUCUUAUCUCUGAGAUAUUAAGAAAAUAUAAUGUUUAUUUUUCAAUUUUUUUGAUAUUGCUAUUUAUAUCUUCUCAAUCGAAACGAUCUCACUCAUUUGGAUAAUCUGAGGGACCAAUUCGCUGAUUCUGUUUAAGACAUUUAAGAAGCCGCAUACCUUCCAUGAGCGACAGCUAUCGUAUCUUAUAAUUAACCGUCUACCUAAUAUUACGUGCAGUCUCAACAUCUCACUCAAGCACGAGAAUAUGUCUUUCCUACCGCAUAAUCAGACUCCGAUUAUCACGAUUUGUACCUAGAUGUGCUUGAGCUAAGAUAAUAGUGGUACGGAUAGGUAACGACCACACAAUUGUAUACAAUGAGGUCCAGGUCUGAGUGAUUGUCACUAAACGAUAUCAGUGUAGCAUAGUCUAA